GUCGCUCUGGUUUGUUGCUUCCGGGUUUGUCACAAUCAUGUGAAGAAAACUGUGAAUUUCAUCAUUUUGCUAUUUAAAAUAGGUUUAGUUGACUCAUUUCUAAACAAAAUUAUACAUAUCAAGGUGUUAGCAUACAAGAAGUUGAAGAAAUGUCGUUCUUCUCAAAGAAACCAACUGUAGAACAAUCAAUAAAACAGAAUGACAGAGUUCUUAGAAAAACACAGAGAGAUUUAGAAAGAGACAGACAUAAGCUGGAACUUGAGGAAAAGAAACUUGAAUUGGAAAUUAAAAAAGCUGCUAAACAGAAUAAUAAACAGGCAUGUGUAGUUCUAGCAAAACAAUUAGUAAAUUUGAGGAAACAGAAGACAAAGAGUUUUGCAAUGGGCAGCAAAGUAGGAGCAAUAGGCAAUCAACAGAAGUUAAUGCAUUCUAAUAUGAAGAUGGCUGGUGCAAUGGGAACUACCACAAAGACAAUGCAACAGAUGAAUAAAGUUAUGGAUCCAGUAAAAAUGGCAAAGACAAUGCAAGACUUUGAAAGAGAGAAUGCUAAAAUGGGAAUGACAGAAGAAAUGGUAAAUGACACAUUAGAUGAUAUUCUAACAGAAUCAGGAGAUGAAGAAGAAGAAGAUGCAGUGGUAUCACAGGUUCUGGAUGAAAUUGGUAUUGAAAUCUCAGGAAAGAUGGUAGAUGCACCUUCUGCGCACAGAGGAAAAUUAGGAGAAUCUUCCAAGUCAAGAGUCACGGACGAUGAUAUAGAGAAACAAUUAGCAGCACUGAAAGAUUUAUAGGUGUAGAUCGUGUAUAUGUGUGAAAGUGUGUGGAUGUGUGAGUGAAGCUCUGAGUGAAUGAUAACUGCAUACAGUUUGAUAAACGGUGAUAUUUUAAUGUUUAAGAGCAAGCUAGUCUUGGCAUUAUUUAUUUUACUGUCAUUAUUCUGUUGAAAAACAGACAAUUGAAUGAAGCAUUUUCUAAAGAAGUAAAAACAUUCAAAAUGUGUCAAAGAAAAUAAAUUAAAAAAAAGACAUAUACAGGAUAUAUUAUCUUGUUAAUGUCUUAAAUUUAAUUAUAAUAAUAAAUGUUUUAAAGAAAGAUUUGUCUGAGUAGUAAUAUAUAGUUUUCAACACUGCAACAAGUGUAUUACGAUACAGUUAAACUUUAUUAAUUAAAGCACAAGUCUUGCAGAGCUUUUGAAUAAUUAAAAUUUUACUGUCGAGAGUAGAGAAAUAUUGUAAUACACGAGUUAUA